CCCAGCCGAGAGCAUCUCUCCCUGCAGGCCCAAGGGAAGGGAGUGAACCGAAGAGAAGGGCAGUGACGUGUUGCCUCUUGGAAAGUUCCUGCCUUGUGUCUGGGCUUUGCAGUGUAAAGAGUUGUUGGCUGCCUCUGGCCCCAGAGCCCUGGCUCCUGUUUAAUAUUCUGCCUGCUCGGUUGAUGUUGUGCUUGGCUCCUGUGGGACUGCAACUCACGGCUUGAAACUGGAGCCAAUUUUCUGUCUUCAUCUCGCAGUGUUUUGACUGGAGGCAGAUCCAGUUCAGGCCGAUCAGGGCUGGUGGAAACAACUACCAAGUGUCUCUCUCUCUCUGUCUGCUUUGCUUUGGGAGAGGAAAGUGGAGGGAGCCCCAGAAUGUUGUAGAGGAACUGGCCUGCGGAAACGACAGGAGGAGGGCGUAGGGGCAGCGGAUCAGCCCGAACCUCAGAGCAUCACUUGGAAUUACGAUCUGAGGCUGUCAGAGAUGACUCUGGUUCUGUCCAUGAAUAGAUUCUGCGAGCCCAUUGUCUCGGAAGGAGCUGCUGAAAUUGCCGGGUACCAGACACUAUGGGAGGCUGACAGCUAUGGAGGCCCGAGCCCCCCAGGCCCUGCACAGACUCCUUUGCAGGGAGACCGGGGAGCUGGUCCCCCACUGACAGGAUCACAUUACAGGGGAAUUUCAAAUCCUAUAACAACAUCCAAGAUCACAUACUUUAAGAGGAAGUAUGUGGAAGAAGAGGAUUUUCACCCACCACUCAGCAGCUGUAGCCAUAAAACCAUCUCGAUUUUUGAAGAACGAGCCCACAUCCUUUAUAUGUCCUUAGAAAAGCUAAAGUUUAUCGAUGAUCCCGAAGUGUACCUCCGAAGAUCUGUCCUUAUAAACAAUCUGAUGAAAAGAAUCCACGGAGAAAUUAUCAUGCAGAAUAACUGGUGCUUCCCUGCCUGCUCGUUCAAUGGCGCCUCUGCCCAGGAGUGGUUUAUGGCUCAAGACUGUCCUUACCGAAAGCGACCACGGACGGCCAAGGAGGAGUGUGAAAAGUUUCAUGCCUGCUGCUUUUACCAAGAAUGUGGCGGCCACUACCUAAAUUUGCCCCUUUCUGUCAAUGCCAAUGUCGGAAGUGCCUCCACCGCUGCCUCCUCUUCCUCCUCCUCCUCUUCCUCAUCUUCCUCUUCCUCUCCCCCUCUGCCUUUGCCAAGUUGUUCCCACCAGGUGGAUUUUGAUGUAGGCAGUGCACCUAUUUACAAGAGUGAUGGCCAGAUACCCGCCAAUGAAAUCUUUGUUACUAAUGUCAGAUCCCUUGGUAUUCAGGAAAAGGCCAAAUUAAAUGAUGAGAAAGCAAAUAAUGACACCAACAGAGAAGGUGGCCCCCUCAGCCAUGAACCUGCGGGAAAUGACCUUGCUUUUGAGUGCAAAGGCCAAUUUUAUGAUUAUUUUGAGACUGGAUAUAAUGAAAGAAACAAUGUAAGUGAGUCUUGGAAAAAGUCCUUAAGGAAGAAGGAGCCUUCACCAAGUAACAAACUGUGCUGCAGCAAAGGAAGUAAAAUAUAAGCCAUCUUUUCACCGAAACUUUGAAGCAUGCACAGCAUGAUCAAUUAGCUCUCAUAAAUUUUAUUUUGAAUGGAUUUUAUAGUUUUGUACAACUGAUAAAAUUAUGCCAUGAACAUGCCGUGUCAUUUUAACGCCUGGAGAGCAGAUUGCAUAAAACAUCUGCAUAGUAGGCAUCAGCGAGCUACUUAUAAAUGUGAUUUUACCAAGAAAACAGUCGACUUCAUGCUUAAAAGUAUAUCUUAGUUUUCGUACAGAAAAGAUCAAUAGAUUAGAUGGGGGGGCGACAGUGUGCCCUUGUGAUAGUUCCAUUGCUUCCCCCCAGGGAGCCUGUCACUAGCUAAAAAAUUUCAACAUGUUUGCCAAUUCAUUUGGUAGUCGUUUGGUAAGCAAAUCAGUAUAAACCAGCAAAGAUGUUUGCUUCUAUAUGAUACAGUUUUUUUUUUUUUAAAUAAAAGGCUGAAGACAGGGAGCUAGAUGAAAUGGCUUCAUGGUGCUGUUAAGUAUUUAUAUUUAACAGUCUUUUGUGACAGAUGAAAAUAGGAUGUAACGUAAUGAAACACACCUGUCUAGGGGCGGCAGUCAAUAGUCUGCGGAGGGGGUAUUCCUUGCAAGUUCCCGGCUUGCCUGGGAUGGGUGAUGAGGCUUUUAGAGAGGUGUUAUACAGGGCGAUUUUUGGUGCCUUACUUUCACUUAAUUUUUGCCAGUGUGAAAAUUAAGGAUAAAUCAGAGUUACAGCAGGGAUUUGAUAAACAGGAAUAAAAAAAAAAAACAGGGUGGAUCGAUAUGGUUUGGAAACUGUUAACUUUGAACUGUUGUGUUCAACCUUUGAUUCGACAUCUCUAUUCUUUAUUUUUGAUGCCCAAUUGCUUUUGGGUUUGGCAUUUUUCGAUAGGGAUGGAGGAAACGAUGUAGAGAGCUGUUAGAAACCAGCACUAGCUGCUUGAGCUUUUCUAUGGCAACGGUCUGUUGCUGGGGUUUGGGUUUUCUGGGUUUGGGGUUAUUUUGUUUUGGUUUCUUGUCCAAUGAAGUUCAUGAACCAGUGGCAUGCAUUAUAUUUUAAUCUGUUUUGCAUCAUUUCACUCGUUUAGAUUAUAAAAGCAUGUGGUUUUUUAUAUAUGACUUUUGCUGUUGAUUAAGAAGCACAAUGUUAAUAAAUGAUGUGGUGAUCAAUGAGGUUUAUCUUAAAGAAUGUAAAGAUUUUAGUUUGGGGAAAGUUAUUUUGGAGAAAUGGGACUUAAUCUGUGAUAGUUACUAUGUAUUUGGUCAACAUUUUUCUCAAUAAUAUCUUUAAUUUGUGUGCUUGAAAAGUGUUCAGAAUGGCCCUCCUACCAACUUCCCUUCCACUCCAGCCAAUUCCUGCUAAACUAACUAUAUUCAAGUUUCCAAGUCACUAAUUGACUUGGACCACUUUAAACAAUAUUUCACAGGAACCAAAUGCCAAAUGGAGGAAAUAAGUAGGUCCUCCCAGUUUCUCCAAGAUAAAGCUUUUUUUUUAUUAUUGCUAUUAAUAUUAAAUAUAGGUCUCAUUCAUACAGUGUAUGAGUAGGAUCAUUUGGACAAUUGUCCACAAGGACCAAUUUUUAAAAUAUGUUCUUGUGUUAUAGCUAAAUAGUCUAGUAAUGUUUUGACCUUUAUUUUCAAUAUUUGAUAAACAUUUGAUGUUGAAAACUUAGAUGAUAGAUGCUUGUAUAUGAAUGUGUUGUAAUAAAGUGAGGUUUUCUUGAUAUAUAUUUAUUAAAAUGAUCAAAAUUAUUAAGAUUUUUUUUUAUUUUAAUGCUGAUUGGCUAUCUUUCUCUUUUCCAUCAUUCUCCUUUAAAAAACUCAAAAUGUUUAGGAAUUGUAGCGGACAGGGGCCACACAGGAGUUUUCAAAAUAAAAGAGUACUUUAAGAAGCCAAUCUGGCAAGUAUUUUAGAAUGGUCCCAGUUUACAAGUUUAAAUUUCUGUUGAUUAAGAAGCACGAUGUUAAUGGAUGAUGUGGUGAUCAGUAAGGUUAUAUCUGAACGAAUGUAAAGAUUUUUGAGAAAGUCUCUGAAAAAAAAUUGCAUAACAUGAAACCAUAAACACUGAAUCCUAUUCGCUGAUUCCUUUAUGAAAUGUCGAAUUGUUAAGAAGAUGACCCCAUGUAAAUGUUUAUAACAGCUACAGAUUCUUGUUAGUAGUAUUCCGUACAAUCCUGUAUUAAUGUUAUUCUUAGAAGCUAAUAUUUUCUUUGAUAAAGUGGGGAAGCUAGUUGAAAGCUAAUUAAUUUGUCAAAUGUAGCAUUCUUAUUAUGAGUAUAAUACCUCAUGGAGAUUUAAAUAUGAAAGAAAGGAUUUAUCUUUUUGCUUUUGAAAAGCCCCCAACAUUACCAGAUACAGUUUUGCUUGAUGGCCAAAACGGUAAAAUGACGGAAGUGGCGAUUUUCAACAGCACACACCAGAGCUGUGGGCCCAUGCACCUGUUCAGGAGAACCCAUUAGAAUUGGUUUUGCAGGAUGAGUGGUGCCUUUAAAUCCAGCAGCAUAAAAAUCGAUUAUAUUUAGUCAUCAUGUUUUUGUUUCUAGGACAUUUCUAGCAUAGUAAAAAAAUUCUUUUUCUUCACACACACACACACACACACACACACACACACAAAACCCUAAACACCCAUCCAAAUUACAAAAAUUUUCUUGUUGUUAGUAGGUGAGAACUUUAGGGCCUCCUAUGCUCACUUCCUGUGCACCCAGCAUUGUUGUUCUACUCAUGACAUAUUAAGUUAGAUUUUUCCAAAGUUGCCAAGGCACCCAUUCAUAAGAACUUAAAUCUCUUAACUGGGUUCUAUAGUUUUAUCUUGAGAGACUUGGAAAAGCUAAGACAACCUCCACUCCACGCUGCUGUCUACCCACCUGGAAAAUAAUACCUUCUCUCAUUGCUGUGCUCUGCUUUAAGGAAAAACCUGAUAUGACAGAAUCCAGACCUUCAAAAGAUAAUAAAUCUUUCCCUUAAGAAAGUGGCCCUCCUUCUCCAAGAAUACCUUUCAUUGCUAGUCCCCUGGAUAUAUGGGUGCCUGUCAUUAGCCAAAUCAUUAACCUUUGUCUCUGGUCCUUCCUUCCUAAAGGGGCUAAUUGUAGCAGAUGGUCUGGCAAAGCCAUUUGCAAAAAGCAAAGGUAUCAGUAUAUGCUUCCACUCUUAAAAUCCUAUUAUUCUAUACUUCACCUUGAGGGGCUCCUAGGGAUUGCAGGGGCAUGGGAGGAAGGCAGAAAAACCCCAGACCAGUAGAAGCCACUAUCUGACAGCCAGUCUAUAAUUAAGGUAAAGCAUCUUUGGCAUGAUCUUUUGUGAAGACAAUAGAAAUUUAGAACAUUUUACAUGCCACUUUGUUAAAUAAAUGCUGAAGCUAUUGAGUGAAAGUAUUUAUUUUUUUAGAGUUCAUAGCUGACUCUCCAAUUAUGAACUCCUAUUGCAGCUCCUCUUGAUGUAUCUUGUGUAUCAGCAGAGCAGAGAACAACUUGUAGAAGGCAUGGUUGUUAAGAGACAUCAACCUCACAAACAAAUAUUAGACAAGGAUUUAAGGAUUCUUAUGUGAUGCAGCUAGGCUUUUAUGCCCUUCAAACUUACUGUGAGCAGGAAACAUUUUUGCAAAUAAUUAGUUGUUAAAUUCCAUUUUUAUGACAGCCCCUUAAAUUUGAAGUCAUUGCAUUUGUAGUUAAGGUUAUCACAUCCCUGCCAAUUUUACUAGGCUUUUGCAAAGACAAGGAUUCAGCAUGGCAUAAGCAAUGAUGGUUUAAAUUAGAUGCAGAACUGUCUCCCAUGAAGAGAAGAAUGAAAUCAGUAUUUAAAUAAUAAAAGAAGAGACAAUGUAUGGUUUCUAGUAAUUCAUUUUAAGAUCACUGUGUUUUGAUUCUGUGGUUUAAAAUAAAAUGCAUUAAGCAUCUUUUAAGUUA